AUGCAAAGCAGUGUGCAUCGUGAGAAAGCUAACUCGAUCGCGAUGAUCUUGGAAACUCAGAGGAAUGUUGAAUUCCCACAUAGAAUCGUCGAUAAGCGUCCGAGGAAACGGCCGAGAUUGGCCUGGGAUGCUGCGCCUCCUCUUCUUCCUCCUCCACCCACGGUAUUUCAUCCUCCGUUAUACUAUGGUGCAGAGUUUGCGAGUGGAGUGGUUCCCAACUUUGUUUAUCCAAACAUGUUCUAUAAUGGGCUUCCUCGUCAGGGAUCUCCUCCUUGGAGACCAGAUGAUAAAGACGGUCAUUAUGUCUUUGUGGUUGGAGAUACAUUGACUCCACGAUAUCAAAUUCUCAGCAAAAUGGGUGAAGGUACAUUUGGACAAGUAUUGGAAUGUUUUGAUAAUAAAAACAAAGAAGUCGUGGCAAUCAAAGUUAUACGGUCGAUAAACAAGUAUCGUGAAGCUGCCAUGAUAGAAAUUGACGUUUUGCAAAGGCUUACAAGGCAUGAUGUUGGUGGUUCUCGUUGUGUGCAAAUACGGAAUUGGUUUGACUAUCGUAAUCAUGUUUGUAUUGUAUUUGAGAAGCUUGGACCAAGCUUAUAUGAUUUUCUCCGCAAAAACAGCUACCGUUCAUUUCCCAUUGACCUUGUUCGGGAGCUGGGCAGACAACUUUUGGAGUCUGUAGCAUACAUGCACGAUUUAAGGCUGAUUCACACGGAUUUGAAGCCGGAGAACAUUCUUUUGGUAUCAUCUGAAUAUAUCAAAAUACCUGAUUAUAAGUUUUUAUCACGACCCACGAAAGAUGGGUCAUACUUCAAGAAUCUACCCAAGUCAAGUGCCAUCAAGCUCAUUGAUUUUGGAAGUACAACGUUUGAACAUCAAGACCAUAACUACAUUGUAUCCACAAGGCACUACCGUGCCCCAGAAGUGAUCCUAGGGGUUGGAUGGAACUAUCCAUGUGAUCUGUGGAGUAUUGGUUGCAUACUCGUCGAACUUUGUUCGGGAGAGGCGCUUUUCCAAACGCAUGAAAACUUGGAGCAUUUGGCCAUGAUGGAAAGGGUCCUAGGACCAUUACCGCCACACAUGGUGCUCAGAGCCGACCGGCGCUCUGAGAAAUACUUCAGGCGAGGUGCCAAGUUGGAUUGGCCUGAAGGUGCAGCAUCAAGAGACAGCUUAAAAGCAGUAUGGAAACUUCUCAGGCUACCGAAUCUGAUAAUGCAGCAUGUGGAUCACUCGGCGGGUGAUCUGAUAGACCUAUUACAAGGGCUGCUUCGAUACGAUCCAACGGAGAGGCUCAAGGCAAGAGAAGCACUGAACCAUCCCUUCUUCACGAGAAGCCGGGAACAGAGUGUUCCUUUUAACCCAAACCCUCAUCCAUUUUUAUAUAACCACAAGAACUAA